AUGGCGCGUUCGUCCCAAAAAUACACACCGGUCGAUCAAGACGAUCAAGGGCUUUCCAAUGAGGGUAGUACUGUGGCUAAUAGCCUCGAGGAAAACUUAGAAUUACCUGCAAAUCCGCCUCAGUAUGAAAAUGACAGAGCAGCAGAGUUUGAGUUAGGCAUGGAGCAUUUUGAGAUUGAUGAACCGCUUUUCGGGGCCGGCUCAGAACCAAGUAAGGUGGAGCGUCUGAAGGUCAAGUUUCAGCAUUACGUUGUAGUUCCUGUAAGGGAAAGAAUAACAGACCCAUUGGCCGUUAUAAUGGCCAUCGUUUCUCGCAAGUUCGAUUACUACUUGAGCAAGGUUGGGAAUCCACUCAUUUUGAGACGUUUCGUAUAUGUGUUGCUUGUAUCGUGCUUUAUCUACUAUGUUUCGUCCAGCGGACUUUUACCUAACGGCACAGCUACGGGUUCUCGAGGAAUGUUCUCAGACCAGCAACAAAUCAUGGCGUAUGCAAAGAGGGCUUUGGACAUGUCAAAAAUGGAAAAUGACUUGGAAUUCAUAAGCAGCAUGUCGCACAUGGCAGGCACAAAGGGUGAUCUGGCCAUCGCACAAUAUAUCGAAGAAGCAUUCAACAACAAUGGACUACGUAUUGUUGGUGACGCGGCUUUCGAAACGUACUUAAAUUAUCCAGGCAACGCCAGUAUCAGUGUGCAAUCUUCGUCUGGGAAGGUGUUAGAUUUGAAUCUGACCGAUCAAAAUUUCAACCCGUUAAGUAUGAAGGGAGAAGUCAAAAACGCUAAACUGGCCUAUGCCCAUUUUGGAACCGAGCAGGAUCUCCAGCUUUUGGACCAGCAGGAUAUCGCUGGCGAAAACACCGUUUUGCUUAUGCAUUAUGAUCUAUAUCCUGGCGAACAGGUCAUGAGGGCACAGGAACUUGGUUACCAAGGUGUCAUUUUCAUUUCUGAUGGAUAUGGCGAAGAGCAAAUCGAUAGCGUGCAGCAGGUAUCUGUCAACAACUUUCGUACCAGUAUGGGAGAUCCCCUUUCUCCCGGCUGGAGUUCUGCUUCGUCCAAGCGAUUGAAACUGGCAGAGUCCAGUAUAGUACCCAAGAUACCCACUAUUCCAAUUUCAAGAAGACAGGCCGAGAAUCUUCAAAAGUUACUGGCUGAAAGCCAGGGAAAACAAUUUGAUGAUGGAUGGUAUAGCGGUGCCAACGGAGAGGUAACAGUGAAUCUCUUGCUGGAACCAGUAGAGCGGGAAGAACACGCCUCCUGGAGUAUUGUGGGCAAAAUUGAAGGCAGAGAACAAGACGACAAAGCCAUCAUAUUGAGCGCCGCAAGGGAUUCUGCGUGCACUGGAUGCACAUACCCGAACUAUGGCACUGCGACUCUAUUGUCUUUGGUACAGCUAUUCCAGCAGGCCAAAUAUAAGUUUGGUUGGAAACCUCUCAGAAACAUAUACUUCAUUUCCUUCGAUGGAUCUGAGUAUGGGCAUGCGGGUGCCACUGAACUUUUGGAAUCUGAAUCUUCAAAAAUACGAGAGGAGAUUUAUGCUGUUAUCGAUAUAAGUCAACUUGGAAUCGAUCCCAAUGGUCCAAAACUGGACAUACAGGCGCAUCCUCUACUAUUUGAGUAUUUCAAAAACGACAAUCUCAUGAUGGGGUUCGAAAAAAACGUCAGAGGCGUCCAACAGUAUGGCGACUGGAGCGCUUACUUGACAAAUGGUAUACCCGUGGCAGUUCUAUCUGCUCCACAUGUCUUGGAGCGGAAGUAUCCAAUUUACACUUGCGACGACAAUUUCGAGGUGUUUUCCGCUAAGAUAGACGAUGAAUUCUGGGAGCGCUCGUCUGAAUUGACUCUGUACAUCUUGCAUACUUGCCUCAAAUUGAUAGACUCGCCAUUGAUACCCUUCGAUAUCGAGACGUAUGCGAUUUUAUUGAUGAGACUACUGGAAGAUUUGAAGGAAAGCUCAGGCGAAAUGGGGCUAAAUUUUAGGGAUAUGGUGGCGGAACUUGGCGUGUGGAAACGUAUCGGAGAACGAGUGAACUCCUGGAUUCGUGCAUGGGAGAAUAUUGUUUUGGUCGAAAACGAAGGUCUCGAGCCUUCAUUGCUUUCAGUGACCAGAUGGGCCUGGAACAGAAGAUUGGCGAGCCUCGAGAAACACAGUUGUGCUGCGCAGGGGCUACCGAAUCGUAGCUUUUACCGAAAUGUGCUUUUCGGUCCUUCAGUCAAGAACCAGGGCUCUCAUGAUUCCUGGAGCUUCCCUGGCAUAAGAGACGCUAUUGCUGAAGGUGACAAGGGUCGUGCUCAAGAGCAAAUCGGUCUUGUUACGGAGCUGCUUCAAAAAUCCUCGGAACUUUUCCUCGAUAAUUCUGAAGAGGCGUGA